AGUUUUGAAAAGAAGUUGUUGCAUUUACCACAUGUUCCAUGAAUAAACAUCAGCCGGUGAUUUGUAGUAACUUAGUUUUAACAAAUUAAUACGUUUAUAAGUGCAAUUAAACAUAAAUAACAUGAGCGAAGUGACUAUCGAAAGUAAAGAAAAAUGUCCAGACGCACCACAUGAAACUGAGCAAGAAUGUACGGUUGAAAAAAUUGUGGAGAAAUCACUUGAUGAAACUGCGAAGGAUGAGAAUUCAACUGAUGCGACAAAUGACGAGUUUAAUUACUUAAAACGUAGUGAAUUUACCUCUGAAAUCUAUAAGAUUGAAGUACGGAAUUUGGGUUAUUUUGGAAUAGGGGAAUUCAAGAAGCUUUUGAAGUCCAAGCUGAAUCUGAACGUGACUAAAAUUAAAUCACCGCUUCGUAAAGAAUUCGCAUUUGUAUGUUUUCGUAGUGAAGAAGAUCAACAACGCGCUAUUGAAACUCUGAAUGGGUAUAAAUGGAAGGGAAAAGUUUUGCAAGCUGCUGCGGCUAAAGCAUCUGCGGAUCCCUUGCAGAAGCGUCGAAAUGAAAACGCACAGCGUGAGGAAAAAGAAAGCCAACCUAAACGACAACGCACCUCUGCUGAUGCGAUCUGCCCGUACGCUGCUUUUCCCUAUGAAGAACAGCUGCAAAAGAAAACUAGUGAAAUGGAGGAGCUUCUAAAAAAAUUCACAAAUAAAUUACGUCACACUAAUCAGGCUGCUAAGAAGCAAUUGAACGAAUUCAAAUUUAACGGUGUUAAAGCGUCGCCACAGAUAAAUGGAUACCGCAACAAAAAUGAGUUCACUGUUGGAAAAAAUUCGUCGGGCGAUAUAGUGGUUGGCUUUCGUUUGGGAAGCUAUGCUGAUGGGUCGGUAGAGGUUUCAGAAAUUCAAGACUUACCACAUAUACCCGACUCAGCUAAAUGGGCAGCUUCAAGCUUUCAACAGUUCGUUAGGAAUUCCAAUUUUCUGCCCUUCAAUCCGGAAGAUAAUUCUGGGCAUAUUCGUCAGUUGAUGGUGCGCACAUCUGCACAUACAGGCGAGAUAAUGUUGGUUGCCGGUGUUUAUUCCUCGAAUAUGAACGAAACUGAAUUGGCAGCUUUGAAGCAGAACUUGAAGGAAUACUAUGAUACCUGUACCGAUGAGGCAAAAGGAUUCAAAUGCACAUCUUUGUAUUACCAAGAUGUGAAGCAUCGCGAAGCCGGUCAAACGAUCUCUCCUAUAGAGCAUAUUUCUGGUAGCACCCACAACACCGAUACAAUUCAUAAUUUAGCCUUCAAGAUAAGCCCGCUUGCUUUCUUUCAAAUAAAUACGCAGGGUGCCGAAGUUCUCUAUGAUAAGGCCAUCGAGUUGGCAGCACCUCAACCGCAUUCCACUGUACUAGAUAUUUGCUGUGGUACUGGCACGAUAGCGCUAGCAUUCGCUAAACAUUGCAAACAAGUACUUGGUGUAGAAAUUAUACCGGAAGCAAUUAAGGAUGCCGAAUUCAAUGCAGCGGCCAACUCUAUUGAAAAUUGCAAAUUUUUUGCUGGUAACGCUGACGAUUACAUACAAUCGAUGGUGCGUGAAGUGGUUUACGGUAAUGCACCUGGAGCGCCGUUGGACCUGAUUGCUGUGGUGGAUCCACCGAGAGCUGGACUACAUAAUAGAUCCAUUGCAGCAAUACGCGCCGCAACAGCAAUAAAGCGUUUGGUGUACAUUUCUUGUAAUCCAGUACAUGCACAACGCAAUUGGAUUGAACUGGGUCGACCCGAGUCGAAACAAUAUAAAGGCGAUCCCUUCUUUCCGAAAACCGCAAUUGCAGUAGAUAUGUUCCCACAUACUACACACACCGAACUGGUAAUUCUAUUUGAACGUGCAACACAACCAGACGGUGAAGAGGAGAAUAAAGAGACAACAAACGCUGAAACUAUCAAAGAUACAACACCUGAAGAAAAGGGAAAUGCAGCAGAUAUUGAAGCCAAUAAGAGUUAACAUUGUUUGGUUGGCUUGACAUUUAUAAACGUUCAUAUAUAUUUACAUACCAAUAAUCUAUGUAUAUAUGUAUAACACAAUUUAAUAGUUUAACCAUUUAUAUGAAAAUAAAACAAACGCAAUGUUUUAAUACA